AUGGCUGGUGGAUUCUUUCGUGGCACAAAUAUCGACCAGGACCUGCGGUUUGGCGAUGCAUCAAAGAAGCUGAUGAAAGACAUGGGCUUCAGCGAUCUUUUGAAGCGCAAGGUGGAUAUGUCCAAGGUUAACAUGGACGUAAUCAAGCCGUGGAUCGCCACUACUGUCAACGAGCUGCUGGGAGUCGAGGAUGAAGUGUUGUUUGAGUAUGUUGUAAAUCUGCUCGGCGAAUCAAACUCUCCCGAUCCCAAAGCAAUUCAGGUCAACUUGACCGGCUUCCUUGAAUCCAAGACGCAGGGAUUCAUGCAGGACCUGUGGUCGCUGCUGCUCGAGGCUCAAGAUUGUACAGGCGGAAUUCCUGAAUCCCUUGUCAAACAGAAAAUGGACCAAUUGCAGAAGAAGCGCGAGAUGGAAGCGAAGAUACUCGGCGCACUGGCAGGCGCAGUCGCUGGGGUAGCGCGGAGCAGGACCGCAGUUAUUCUCGCGAGCGACACCGGCGAAGCAGGAGUCGCAGCAAUGGCAGGGAUAGAAGUUUGAGCCGCGAUAGGCGUCGGGGGCGCAGGCAGGGUCGCAGUCGCUCUCGCAGCAAUAGCAGUUCCAGACGUCGCAGCAGGAGUCGCAGCAGGAGCCUAACACCAGACAAUGACAGGUACCGCCGCCGCCGCAACCAUCGUAGAUACAGCAGGAGUAGGAGCAGGGGUAGGAGCAACGAGGGCAGGCACCAUGGACGCAGCCAUCGCCAGAGUCGUUCUCGG